AGAAAAUCUUCCUGUUGAUUACCAUCUUCCCAACUCUUACUCUCGCUUAUCCUACUGGAAAUGUGGAAGGCUCCUGCUCUACAAUGAUUCCUGGUCACCAAAAGACACCCCAAACCACUCAUGCUCCAUAUAGCCUGACUUUAACAAGUACCAACUACACUGGAAAACUAGCAUUUUUAGUUACUCUCAGCAAAGAGCAAGAUGGAAAAGACUUCAAAGGUUUCAUGAUUCAGGCUCGUGCUCCUAAUGGUAACGUCGGCCUCGGCACUUUUGAGGUCAAUACCUUGGAUAUACAAACCCUGACAUGCGCCACCUCUCAAUCUGCAGUGAGCCACACAUCAGCCAGCUUAAAAUCCACUGUACAGGCCAUCUGGAUACCCCCAAAUACAAAAACCGAUAUACAGUUCAGAGCCACUGUGUUGCCUUCAUUUGACACGUUUUGGACGAAUGUGUUAAGUGACGUCUUACCUCUGGAUUCCGCCGGCUCCCAGCUCAUGAUUCCUACAUUGUUCCAGCUACUGGUCUGCAGCUUUACUCUAAUAAACGCACUAGUCAAGUGAAGAAUGAA